AACUAUUGUAUUUUAUUAGUAUGGAUACCAAAGCAAGUAUUACUGAUUUAGAGUGGCUCAGAACCGAAGAAAAUACCUCAAAAAGCAAGUUCUUUAAAAGACUUGAUGAGGAGUGCUCAUCCUGUAGACCAGCUUUACUCUUCUUAGUUGGGUAUAAUUACUGGAAAUUCGAACAGAACUUUGAGCCUAAAACUUUCAUUGAAUUCACACACUUAAUCCAGAAUGUAAUUGAUAGAAAACCAUUGAGUAAGGUUGAGCUAGAGAUUACUUACCAGAGCCUCUACGACCAGAGGAACUACCUUGCAGAAGUACUUGGCCUGAGCUGGCUCAAGAAAUACAAGAAAGCCUUCAAGAAGAACAAUGAAGAGAUUUCCCUAAUGAAGAAGAACCUCAAAGGAGCAGUUGGCAUCAAGAAGGGCUUGAUACCUUCUGAUUCGUCCAGCGCUGAAGAAACUAUCGAGAGUGGUGAAGCAAACCAAGAUGAUAUCCCAUAUUUCCUGAAGAAUUUCUGCCCUUCUUCUCAAGAUGAAGACCUCCAGCCCCUUCGGCAGCUUAAAAGGAGAAAAAUAAUUGAACUCAUUAGUGAUGAAGAUGAUGAUGAUGAUGAUGAUGAAGAGAGUCAUAAAUUGAUCCAGGAGUUACUAGCUGAAGAAGCUAAAGCCAAGUCCUUAUCUCUGCAACAAGAACGAGAAAGCAUGGAGAUGGCUAUCAGACUCCAAAGGGAGUUUGAUGAGAAAGAUAAGUUGCUUUCCAAACAGCAGGAAGAGAGCAAUAAGCCUACCUGAAAUAUUUGUUAUUCUGCAGUUGAAUUCGCAGAUGUUCAUCCCUUAACCUGUGGCCAUAUCUUCCAUCCAGAGUGUAUAGGUCAGCAUUUAGAAGCUAAAACUGAGGAAAAGAGCUUCCCUAUCAAAUGACUUGAACACAAGUGUGAUACUGAACUAACAGAUGAUGAGAUUAAAGAAUUCUGUGAUAAAGAGCUCUAUUCCAAAAUCCAGAAGUUCCAGUUGGAGAUCUUUCUUGAACAGAACUGAGAGAUAUUCAACAGGUGUCCUACACCUGACUGAGAGUUCAUCUUUGAGUGGAACGCAAGCAAGGAAGACUCUAACUUCAAAUGUGCACUUUGUUCUAAGACUUAUUGAAUAAUGUGCCGAGUCGAGUGGCAUGAAGGACUCUCAUGCAGAGAUUACCGAGAACUUAAAGGAUACCCACCUGAAGACAGAGCAUUCUACAAGUUCAUCAAAGGAACUAGGUUCAAGCAAUGUCCCCAGUGCAAGUUCUGGGUUGAGAAGAGCUCAGGGUGUAAUCAUAUGACCUGUCGCUGAGGAUACCAGUUUUGUUACAGGUGUGGCGGGAAGUACAGACAUUGCGCCUGCUAAUGAUAUUUAAAUAAACCUAAACUUUCAAUAAUUUGCCGAUUU